ACAUGUUGAAGAAGGGCGGCCUUUCCCUUUUCCUCCCCCACUGGGAAGUCGCCACACAGGUGACCCUCCAGACGCCAGGCUGGUUCAAACAAGUAUUUUUUUUUAAUGCAGCAUUCAUUAUUUUUGCCUGUCUUUAAAAAAAUCCAAAAAAAUAGGUUACGUUUAUUUUAUUUUAUUUUAUUUUAUUUGCCUUGACCUAAAAUAUGCGUUGGGGGUUUUUGUUUUGUUUUUUUGGACUUAAGCCUGUGGGGAUAAAAAUGUUUUUAUUUUAAAACGAUAGCGAUAGAAGUCGCCAGGUUUGCGAUAGCGAUGGAAGAAACCAGGUUUGCCCUCCACAAACAUGGCCGCGCCCUGUUUUGCCAGGCACCACGAUGGCCGCCAGCGUCGUAUGCAACCCCUAGAAGAGCAGCAGCGGCGGCGGCUGCGUACGUCGCGUGCGGGAGCGCCUUGGAGGAUGGCGCCGCUGCGCCAGGAAAGGCGCGUCGCUGGCGUACGCAUGCGCAGUGCUACUUCUCCGUGACUGGUGGCGCCGAGAGGGACCCGUUAGCCCGAGUGGCGACCCCCGGCCCGGCCUGGCUCGGCCAUGUCCAAGCGGAUGCGGAGCAGCGAGGUGUGCGCCGACUGCAGCGCUCCGGACCCAUGCUGGGCGUCCAUCAACAGGGGGGUCCUGAUCUGUGAUGAGUGCUGUAGCGUCCAUCGGAGCCUGGGCCGCCACAUCUCCCAAGUCCGGCACCUGAAGCACACCCCGUGGCCCCCGACGCUGCUGCAGAUGGUGGAGACGUUGUACAAUAACGGUGCUAACUCCAUAUGGGAACAUUCGUUGCUAGACCCUGCGUCGGUGAUGAGUGGGCGACGCAAAGCAAACCCCCAGGACAAAGUGCACCCCAACAAAGCGGAAUUCAUCAGAGCAAAAUACCAGAUGCUGGCCUUUGUUCAUCGCUUGCCAUGUCGGGAUGACGACAGCGUGACUGCCAAAGACCUCAGUAAGCAACUCCAUUCCAGCGUCAGGACUGGCAACCUGGAGACCUGUCUGCGGCUGCUGUCCCUCGGCGCUCAGGCCAACUUCUUCCACCCCGAGAAAGGGAACACCCCGCUUCAUGUGGCUGCCAAGACCGGCCAGAUUUUACAAGCGGAAUUGCUGGCAGUGUACGGGGCUGAUCCUGGCACGCAGGACUCCAGUGGGAAGACUCCAGUCGACUAUGCAAAGCAGGGAGGGCACCACGAGCUGGCAGAGCGCCUCGUGGAAAUCCAGUACGAGCUGACGGACAGGCUGGCGUUCUACCUUUGUGGCAGGAAACCCGAUCACAAAACCGGGCAGCAUUUCAUUAUACCUCAAAUGGCAGACAGCAGUUUAGAUGUGUCGGAGCUGGCCAAGGCAGCGAAGAAGAAGCUUCAGUCGCUGAACAAUCGCUUGUUUGAAGAACUUGCCAUGGAUGUCUACGACGAGGUGGACAGGCGGGAGACGGACGCAGUGUGGCUUGCCACUCAGAAUCACAGCACCCUGGUCACAGAGACAACAGUCGUCCCCUUCCUCCCCGUCAAUCCAGAAUACUCCUCGACAAGGAAUCAGGGGAGGCAGAAACUGGCCCGGUUUAACGCCCACGAGUUUGCGACGCUCGUCAUAGACAUCCUCGGGGAUGCCAAGCGGAGGCAGCAAGGGAAUCCCAUCUCCAGUUCCAAAGAAAACGUAGAACUGAUCCUGAAAUCGAUUGGCAGCCAGCACAGUACGGAGAGUCAGGAGAACGACCAGCCUGACUACGACAGCGUCGCCUCGGACGAAGAGGUGGAUCUGGAAUUGGGCUCCGCCAAGGCACUUCGGCAGAAGAGCCUGGACUCCGACUUGUCUGACGGCCCCAUCACAGCCCAGGAGUACCUCCAGGUGAAAAAUGCCCUGGUGGCUUCCGAGGCGAAAAUCCAGCAGCUUAUGAAGGUGAACAUCAACUUGGGCGAUGAACUGAGGAUCAUGCAGAAGAAGCUUCAGACGCUGCAGAGCGAGAACAGCAGGCUCCGCAGGCAGGCCACCAGUAACGCCGACCAGGCCCCGGCUGGCUCGGAGUACGCAGAUGGGAGUAGCCACUCCUCCCCCUCCUCCUUAAAGUGGCGUCCUUCCCUCCGGAGCUGCAGGCCCAUGUCCAUGUACGAGACCGGAUCAGCCCAGAAGCCUUACCUGCCUGUGGGCGAGGUCCCCUACCCUGAAGAGAACAUCACGUCACGUCUGCAGCCCUUGAGCCCCUACAUUGGGGGGAGAGGCUUGGUGCCAGCCUCUUCUUCGUCCCUGCCCUCCUUCCCUUCCAUGCUUUCCUGGUCAAGAGAUGAAAACUCGCCAAGGGCAUCCAGGCUGGAGAAGCAGAGCAGCAUGCCUGAGGGCGACUACGACAACGCAGUCUCCGCGCUGGUGCUGGAUGAGACGGGGCCCCACAGGAAGGCAAGGCAGCGCAGCGCCCUCUUCCAGCAGGGGGAAAGGCCCAGCCUCCCCGAGGGCAAGGACCCCGAGGCCCUCCCCAGUGGCAGCCUGCCCAGCACGGAGGACGUCAUCCGGAAGACGGAGCAGAUCACCAAGAACAUCCAGGAGCUCCUUCGGGCGGCUCAGGAGAACAAGCACGACAGCUAUAUACCCUGCUCAGAAAGGAUCCACAUAGCCGUGACGGAGAUGGCUGCCCUCUUCCCCAAAAAGCCCAAGUCGGAGCUGGUGCGCACCUCCCUGCGGCUGCUGACCUCCAGUGCCUACCGCCUGCAUUCCGAGUGCACCAAGGCGCUCCCCCCAGAGCCCUGCCCCACGGCCGACAUCCAGCUGGUCACCCAGCAGGUCAUCCAGUGCGCCUACGACAUCGCCAAAGCCGCCAAGCAGCUGGUCACCAUCACAACCAAAGAGAACACCAACUGAGGCUGUCUGCGGCCGUGUCUGGCCAGAGGUCGGCUCGGGCACUUCCCCACGCGUGUUUAACGUUUCCUACGACUUCUUGCAGGAAUAUUUAAGGUGGUGCGUUUACCGGUUGUUUUUUUAAAAAAGGAACCUCAGUAUUAUUGUUCCCCCCCCGCCCCCGUGCAUGUUUUUUUUCAAAAAAGAGACUCCCACCCAGCCACCCCCAGUUAACGUAACCCACUGCCUUAUUUUGUGCCUGUAUUUGCCAGUGUGUCGGGGGCGGGGGGUGCCUCGGGAACGUGCCUGGAGCCCCAAGACCAGCUCUUGCCGGUCUUCUGAAUGCACCUCUUGGGAUCCAGGGCCCCUACCCUGGACUCUGUGAUGCAGCAGGACGCCUCAACCACUAAGGAGCACACACCACUGGCCCCGGGGCCCACAGUGAACUCUGGAAAGGGGGAACCCGCCCCCACCCACCCCCACCCCCCCGCCAGCCAUCCUGAGAAAAGCUUCCCUCCUCGCCUGAGCAGACCUCCUGGGCUGGCUCCGAGCGGUAGGGGCCCCUCUGCCCGACACACGGACCCCCAUUCUGUGUGUUUCAGUGGCCUGAGCACUGCGGGUUGUUUUCCAGCCAGGGAAGAAGCAGCUGUGAGCGGGUGGCCUUCUCCAAGCCGGGAAGCUGAAAUCUGGGGCCUGAACUGGCCGGCCCUGUGCUCAGGAAUGCUGUUGCCCGGGGCCACCAGUUGAGCUUGUUUGCAACUUGCCUUGGACCAGGUGCCCAGGGACACCGCAGGGCAUCGCUGCUGGGGCCAAGCCCUCGGGGGCGGAGGGGGUCAUCCCCUGGCCGCAGGACAAGCUCCUGCCGGCAGCCCCUCCCCACUUCUGUCUUGCACCCCUGCCAUCGGGGGGGGGGCAUGGCCACUCCCUGCAAGGUGGGCCGUGCUGCUGUUCCCAGUUGGCACGCCCUUCAAGCCCGGGCUGGCUGCUUUCCCCCACUUUGCACUGACCAAGGCAGCGACAGCAGCAGCCGCCAGCCCGCCCUGGAACGAGGCAUUGGCGGCUAGCAGCAGAGUGGCCACCAGGCCCCUCCUCCAGAACGGGGAUCUGGGGGGGGGGGCGGACAAGCUCCUAGCAGCCCCUGUGGGGAGCCAGCUGUGGGAGAGCCAGCGGGAAAGAGGGGGUGCGGGGGGAGUGGGCAUCUGAGCCCCCGAGAGUCAGGGUUGGGGGGCAAGCCUCUUGCAGGCCCCCAGACAGGAGUGCUCAAGAAGGCAGCAGCCUGAGGACAGCUCUCCCCCCCCCCCCCCGGCCGGGCCCCUCUAGCCACACGCCUGCAGGCAGCCCGUCCUCCCCACCUUGGUUUGGGCCUCAGAAGGCCCAGGAGAAGUGGGGGUGCAUGGAGGGCCAGUUGGAAGGAAGCAAGCACCACGGCUGACUUGUUGGCACAACAACAGUGUGGCCUUUCUGCGGAGGCAGUGGCCUUGGGUUCCAGUGUCCUGGCUUUGUGGCGCUUGAGUCAGAAGGAGGUCGCCUUCACUCUGGCCAGAAGCCAUCAGGUUUCUGGACUGUCCAAUUGCCCACGAGCCAGCGCCACCCCCCGUGUUCAACGCAUGUAUAAUCGGUGUACGGUGGGUGUGCAGACGGAUCUGAAUGCAUCUGUGGCCACUCCCCUCUUAUGUUCAGUGUCUGUACACUUGGGCAGCAGCCUGUCCCCAAGUCCAGCUUUUAAAACGAGUGCAUCCACAACUGUCCACAAGUACACUGACAAGAGGAUCGACACAAUCAAAGUCCUGUUUGAAUAAGGCUUGACUCUCUCUCUCUCCUCCCCAGUUGACCCACUAAUAUUUCAGGGAUAUACUGCCCUUGACCAUGGAGGCUCCAGCACAACCAAGAGCCCAUGAAAGAACUCUCCUUCCCUCGCCUCAGUCAGUAGUUGUGUGAAGUCACCUGGCUCUCUGGUGUCUGUCCCCAUGUCCAAGUGCAGCGUGAGUUUGGAGCAGCAGGUCAGCCGGCUUCUGCUACGGGGCUCUUGCCCAUGAACUUCCUCUUUUGCUCCGUUUGGCCCAAGAGCGCAGCCGGUGAAUGAUCUGGGGCCAACUCUGUCUCGGUUCUUCGCUGCUGCUGCCGCUGCCCCCCAUUUGUAGAAGCCGUGGGGCAGGCUUCCCUUGGGUGGGGUGGGCCACUGGCGCGCCCCAUUUCCAUGUGAGAGGCUGUUGCCAGGAAACCACGGCUGGGCCUCUUGGUUGGCGAGGAGGCGGUAGGGAGGGAAGCAGGUGUGCGGAAGACCACCAGGCUCUGGAGCAGGGGCAGGCAAGCUUGGCCCUCCAGCUGCUUUUGCUCAACUACAACUCCCAUCACCCCUGCCACCAUUUGUGGAUGAUGGGAGUUGUAGUUGCACACCAGCUCCAAGGUCUCCUCCUGCUGCUCCAGAGCAAGUGGGCCACUCGGGGGGGGGGGGGCAAUCCGCAGCACAAGGCAGGUGUGGCCAAGCGCCUCUCGGGGAUCUCCAGGGGGAGCCGUGUGGCCGAGCGGGGCUCCCUCCCCCUCCCGGGGGCCCAGUUCCGGUCAGGCCCCUUCAGGCCUCGGGGUGGGAGUCUGCAGGGCCGCCUGGGGGCUGGGCUGGCUGCAGAGCCAGGAGUCCCACAGCCCAGGGCCAGCGGGUGGGGGUGGGGGUGCUCCCGUGCUGGAGGCCGGUCAGACUCAUCUGCCCAGCCCCCCCCCCCGGGAAACGGGCUCCUCUGGGCGGGGGGGGCGGCUGUGUGGAGGGGGAAUAUCAGCAGCCCAAGCCCAGGAGGGGUGUGUGUGUGUGUGUGUGUGUGUUUUUAACCUGUUGGUAUUUAUAUAUAUUUUAAAAAGUGCCAUAAUAUUGUUGGAUGCUGAAAUUACCUUGUAAUUAACUAUCUUUUUAAAAAGCAUUGUAGUAUUUUUGGGUUAAAAGGAAACAACAAAAAACCAGCUCGAACAAUCCUC